CCAUGGCUCUGCUCCUCGACCUGAACUGAACCUGGCAACGGCUGCGGUGGGUGACGAUGGCGGAGAGGCUGGAAUGGGUGGAGAUCAUCGAGCCUCGCACUCGGGAGCGCAUGUACGCCAACCUGAUCACUGGGGAAUGUGUGUGGGAUCCGCCUUCCGGUGUCCGCAUAAAACGUACCAACGAGAACCAGUGGUGGGAGCUCUUCGACCCCAACACGUCCCGCUUUUACUAUUACAAUGCCACCACCCAGCGGACAGUCUGGCACCGGCCCCAGAACUGCGACAUCAUCCCGUUGGCCAAAUUGCAGACCCUGAAACAGAACACGGACUCGCCGGGCCGGGCCUCGGCUGACAACAGCCCGGCCCGGAGCAGCAACAUCAGCAGGGAGGGCAGCACCAGCUCUUCCCUGGAGCAGGAGCUGGAGGCUGACAGGACUCAAGAGCCAGCACGGCCCAAGCUACAAGUCACUGGGAAGGAGGAAGCGGAGAGGUACGACUCGGUCGUCCAUUCUUCUAUGAGUCUUGGUGGCAAGUGUAAUCCUGGGGAUCCCUAUGAUGAUGUGAUCAGGACAUCGCCUCACAGGUGGAUGACCGGCACUAAGGAGCGGAUGUUGAUUAAAGUUACAGACCGGGAACCCAGUUACUUAUUCCAUCAGGGCAAUGGCAGCACUGAAAGCCAGCAGGCCACCCGCCCCCGCCGGCCUUCAGGGCAGCAGCCACUGCCUCACGCCCACAGCUUCGCCUCGGACAGCGACACCCAGAUUUUCUUCACUGAACGCAGACAGUCGCCGUACUUCAAACGGGCCGAGCACGUGGGCGGCUGCUCCCCGGUGCUGGCCCGAGGGGAGCCUUAUCAUUCCCCCAUUCACACCCAGCACCGCAAGUACUCGUUUGAAUCGCAGCCCUCGUCCCCCCGUUAUGGCUAUGAGCCCCCCCUUUACGAGGAGCCUCCCAUCGAGUACCAGGCACCCAUAUACGACGAACCGCCCAUGGAAGUGCAGUGCGAGGGCAUGAGCCAUUACAAGGCAGGCUCGCCUCAGAAGUCACCUGUUCGGAAGCCACACGUGAUGCUUCACUCCCCCAAACAGGGCCAGAAUUCCCCUUACCAGCAGCUCGUGCUCACCAAGCAGAAAUGCUCUGAGAAGUCCAUGAGUUUGGAAUACAGCCCGGCUGGCAAGGAGCUGGUCAAGCAGCUGGUUUAUGUGGAGCAGUCGGGCUCCAGUCCCAAGUUUAAAUCUAGCACCAAGCACCGGUAUUCACCGAGCAACAUGUCCAAUGUUUCGUACACUUUACAGCACAGCCACUCGCUGGUCAGGGACUUUCACCGGCCAGAGCUCAGGCCCACUGACUAUAAUGGGCUGGAAGGCUCUGAGUCCCGUUACGGUCACCAGGCCGGUCAGCAAUCGCAUGAGGACUCCAUGUCGUGGUCCAGCCAGCAUGACUCGCUCUCCUCCAUUGGCUACUCCCCAAACACCAAGAAAAGGAAAAGCAGGAAGCCCUCCCUGACACAGGAGCUCUGUGGCGGGGGCGCGGGGGAGAGCUGCGGGGAGAUCAGCCCAGCCGCCGAGCGGCUGCUGGGGGACGAGAGGCAUUCACCGCUCGGCAAGCCUCAGCUCAGCCAGGCUGACAGCCAGAGUGGGGAGGGGGAAGCUGCCCGCGGGGGCAGCGCAGAGUAUGCGGACCUCCACCUGACCCAAGCCCGGCUGGCACGGGAGGCACAACAGCUGCAUCAGAUCCGGCAGCGGAGCAGCUGGGACUCACAGAAGGAGGUGUCUGGGUACGAGAGCGAUGGCGCCCUCCCACUGCCCAUGCCCGGUCCUGUCGUCCGGGCUUUCAGCGAGGACGAGGCGUUGGCACAACAGGAGAGCAAACACUGGAAGAGGAGCACUUUAGAGAGGCUGGGCUUCCCUCAAGUGCUUUUGGAAAAGAGCGUCUCUGUCCAGACUAACCUGGCUUCACCCGAGCCAUACCUCCACCCAUCCCAGUCUGAGGACCUCGGUACCUGUGGUCAGUACGACCUUGGGAGGCAGAGCCGAAGCAUGAUGCCCAGCGCAAGCUGUGUAUUCCCCGGAUUCACGCUGCGGAAACCCUCCUCUGAGACGGACAUUGAAAACUGGGCUUCCAAACACUUCAACAAGCACACGCAGGGCAUCUUCCGGCGCAAAGUUUCCAUUGCCAACAUGCUGGCCUGGAGCAGCGAGUCCAUCAAGAAGCCCAUGAUCAUGACCACUGAUCGCUGUGUGAAGAAGGAAGCGUGUGAUAUGUUUAAGCUGAUUCAGAUGUACAUGGGUGACCGGCGGGCCAAGACUGAUCAGCUGAACGUGGCCCUUGAGGUGGCCACCAAGGGCUGGAGCAUGCAGGGUCUCAGGGAUGAGCUUUAUAUCCAACUGUGCAGGCAGACCACCGAAAACUUUAGGUACGAGAGCCUUGCUCGGGGCUGGGAAUUAAUGGCCAUCUGCCUGGCGUUCUUUCCUCCAACUCCCAAAUUUCACUCCUAUUUAGAAGGCUACAUAUACCGACACAUGGACCCAGUGAAUGACACCAAAGCAGUGACGCAGCACAUUAAAGAGCUCCUGGAGAGAAAAGAUAAGAAGAAAGUGAAAUUGCGAAAGACACCAAAGCCCUAUAUUGAGGAACGUGAUGGUGUUGCUAUCAGCACAUAUGCCAAGUACUGCUACCGUAAACUGCAGAAGGCAGCUGUAACAGGAGCAAAGAAGGGACUCCGCAAACCCAACCUAGAAGAAAUCAAACAUGCCAAAAAUGGUGUUUUCAGCCCCUCCAUGUUCGGCAGCUCCUUGGAUGAGAUCAUGAACAUACAGAAAGACCACGACCGGGAGCCAGAACUUCCCUGGGUACAGACUAAACUCUCCGAGCAGGUCCUGUCCCUCAAUGGAGCACAGACUGAGGGCAUCUUCAGAGUCCCAGGGGAUAUCGAUGAGGUCAACGCCCUCAAGCUUCAGGUGGAUCAGUGGAUUAUCCCGGAAGGACUGACAGACCCCCAUGUUCCAGCAUCACUACUGAAGUUGUGGUACAGGGAGCUGGAGGAGCCUCUCAUCCCACACGAGUUUUACGAGCAGUGCAUCACGCAUUACGAGAACCCAGAAGCAGCAGUCGCAGUUGUCGAUUCCCUGCCCAAACUAAACCGUUUGGUGCUGUGUUACCUCAUCCGCUUUCUACAGAUUUUUGCCCAGCCUGCCAAUGUGGCGGUUACCAAGAUGGAUGUCAAUAACCUGGCGAUGGUCAUGGCCCCAAACUGCCUGCGGUGUCAAUCCGACGACCCCAGGGUCAUCUUCGAAAACACCCGCAAAGAAAUGUCCUUCAUCCGAGUGCUCAUCCAGCACCUGGACACCAGCUUCAUGGAAGAUCUCCUAUAGCGAGAAGUCUAACAAGCGAGAAUGAGAGAGAAAUCUUGUAUAAAAUGUAAUCGCUUGUGUCCCCACACACACUUGUUUAUACCACAUUUAGAUUUACUGCCAGUCUCCCUGCUGGCUGCGGUUAUCGACGUUAUAAAAAAGAGAGAGAGAGAAAGAGAGAAGGGAAAAAUAGAAAAAAAUUCUAUGUAAAUUCUGAACCUUGUUUGAAUGCUGCUUUGUUGAUCGGCUCAGUAUGACGCUCCCAUCUCCAGAUGACAACACCCCUGUCUGUCGCCAACAUUACAAACAGCUCAUUUCUUAGUUUAGCAUCCGCACUUGUUUUUUUUUAAAA